AAUGAGCAAAAGACAUGUGAGCAUGUCCAGCUGACCAAUGACACAGAUGAUGAGGAGAUGUUUUGGUUGUCAGACAUUAACAAACAAAGACAUAGGAGAAAUGAAAGUAGGAUCGAGCGUCUAGCUAAAUCAGGAACACACACUCAUAGAACACACAUUUGAAGAUCACACACUUGACGCAACACUGCUCCCGAGUAAAUCUGAUCAUCAGUAUCAAUUACAAUGGGAGACUGGGGAUUUCUGUCCACAUUACUGGACAAGGCGCAGUCCCACUCUACUGUCAUUGGCAAGAUCUGGAUGAGCGUCCUCUUCAUCUUCAGGAUCCUUGUUCUGGGCGCAGGAGUUGAGAAUGUAUGGGGAGACGAGCAAUCUGAUUUAGUUUGCAACACUAAUACACCGGGUUGUGAGAACAUCUGCUACGACUGGAUGUUCCCCAUCUCUCAGGUCCGCUUUUGGGUCAUGCAAAUCAUCUUCGUGUCCACUCCAACCCUGCUGUACCUAGGACACGCUGUCCACGUCAUCCACCAGGAGAACAAGCUUAGAGAGCUGUGCAAAACCAAACACUCAGUCAUGACACCAAAAUACACAACCGAAAGCGGCAAAGUCCGAAUCAAGGGCAGGUUGCUGUGGAGCUACUUUACUCAGCUGUUUUUUAAAAUUAUUCUAGAAGUAGCUUUCAUCACUGGCCAGUAUUACCUGUAUGGAAUUAUAAUGAUACCUAGAUUCAUAUGUAAUGACAUCGUCUGCCGCAUGCCCACAGAGUGCUUCAUGUCCAGACCCACAGAGAAGACCAUCUUUAACAUCUUCAUGCUUGUGGUUGCAUGUGUUUCCCUGGCCUUAAACGUACUAGAAGUGUGCUAUUUGCUUUGCUGUGGGGUAAGACGACGGCCAAAAUAUGAAGGAGCGGUGCGCUACCAUACACGACCCAAUCUGCCACAAUUGGCUGAAAUUAGCCAGGAAGCUGCAGAGUGCAUUAAGCAAAACGGUUUGAACGGAGACUUGGAGAAGCGCUGGGCAUAGAGGAGACAUACAGCUGCUGAAGAAAUACAUCUGAAAAAUGACAUACAUACACUCUAUAAAACCCAUUUUAGAUUUAUUCUGAAACUCAGCAUUGGGUUUGAUUGACUAUGGCAGCAUGGCUUGUUUAAAUAUAACAAGAUAUGGGAAAGAUUUUAACCAUAGUGUGAUGGGUUGAUUUGUUUAACUAAAAGUUUGGGCAGAAACAAUAGUUUUUAUAGUUUUUACAAUGUUUUUAUUUUUAAUCAGCACAAAAGUAGCUUCACACAGCACUUUUUAUUUAUUUACUACAAAAGCAGUCUGAUUGAAGUUCAACACAGUAACUUAGUGUCUAUUUUAAAAUUGUAGAAUAAGCUACGAGCUUAAAAAACACAAGACUAACAUUAAUCUAACUUCCGUACUAGCCGGUAAUACCUCUUUGAUCCUUUUAUAAAUAGCUAGAUGCAAUGUAGCGGUAAACUUGUUAAAUUAAUUUAACUGCAAAUUAACAUAUUAAAUCUGUGUCAUUUUCACCUUGAAUAACAUUAGAAUGCUUUUUUUUGCCAGUAGUGUAACAUGCCAUGCAGACAAGCAGUGUUAAAAGUGUUAUUGCUUUCGUAACAUAUCCACUUUAUAAGUUAACUUACAUUUCUUGCAGUCGCAGUUCAUUUCUUUUACUUGCAGUUUUUUUUCACAACAAUGGAAAAUUCCAGAAUUUUGAUAAUGAAUGGCACAAAUGUUUUUUCCUUUCAGUUCUGCAAGUCUAAACCACAAGUUAAACCUAGCAAAACAACCCAUCACUUUUUAGAGUGUAACAUAUGAAUAUAAUUUUUUUUAAUUUAGUUUAAUACAUUAUCGUGAAUUCGCAAUUCUGUACAUCAUGACUGCACAGUUAAGCUGACUGUACUAAGUGUAUAAAUGACUACAUAAUCUUCCAGUCAUUUAUAAAUUCAUAGACUAUAUAAUACUUUCUGUGCAUGAUUGUCCUUGUAUUUAAGUAAUGCUAAAGCCUUUUUAUGUGUAGUAUAAUAAAUUCAGUUUACAUAAAAAACUAUGCCUUGUCUUGUGUAAUAAAUCAGUGUCAGGAGUUUAUUGGAUAGAAACAGAAUAAAAAAAUGUGAAGUAUAAAGUUUAAAAUCAAGUUAGUAUUUAUCUCUACUAUUUAUUUAACAUAUAUCCAUUAUGAUCAAAUUGGAAGAAAUGGUGGUGAGGAAAAACUCCCUGAGAUGAUAUAAGGAAGAAAACCUUGAGAGGAACCAGACUCAGACAUGAACCUCAUCCUCAUUUGGGUGACACUGAACAGGAAAUAAUAUAAAUGUAAUGUAAGCAAUUUACAGGAUUUUUUUUUACAGGUUUUUAAGGUAUAUCGCAAAGAUCCAGAGAGAGAAAAGUGGAGUAUGGAUUAUUUAAAGGUAUACAAAGGAAAAAGAAAAAGAAAAAGAAAAAGAGGAUAUGUUCCAAUGCCUGGAUUUUUAACUGUUUAAAAUGAGUUGUGUGCCGAAUCAAAGCAUGGUGUCGACUCUCAACUGGCUGGGAAAUUCAUUUAAUGGGAGUCAAGAUCAUAUGGCAAGUGUAACAGCCUCUCACUUUAAUUUUUUCAAGCUGGUAAUAAAAAAACUCUUAAAAGUGAGGAAAUUUUGACAAGCGACUCACUUUUUCCGCCGUUUAUCUAGCAAGUUUUUUAAAUAGUUUGUUUGCUGGAGUUUUUUCCGUAUAAAUACAAUGGAUUCAAAAAGUUUUCAGACUUCAUUGUUGUUACUGUAUGUAGAAAUAACUGAUUAGUCAUUUUAUCCAUUAUUUACAUUUACAGCAUUUGGCAGACUCUCUUACCCAGAGUGACGUUCAAAUGUGCUUUUAAGUCUCUAUCAUUUUUUUUUUUUAAAUACACACAUACAACAAAUAGGGGAUAAAGUGCUAGUUCAAGUAUUUCAUGAAGAAGUAAGUCUUCAUCUGUCGUUUGAAGAUAUCCAGUAACUCAGCUGUUCCUGACAUCUAGAUGUUCAUUCCACCACCUCGGUGCCAGAACAGAGAAGAGUCUUGAUGUGUACCUGCUUCUUACCCUGAGAGAUGGUGGGACCAGUUAAGCCAGGGUUUCUCAACCUUUUGCAAGCUGGGCCCUCCUCAAAGCAGGUUAAUUGGAGUUGGGGCCUCCCUCACAUCAGAAAGCUUUGAAGGUAUGAUGAAGCAUAUCUGCAGCUUUUUUGUAGCUGGUGGUGCGUCUAGAGACUAGACUGGAGUGAAUGGAGAGCUAUGUCGUGAGUCAAUUUAAAUGCAGUGAUUUAUUUUUGUGUGAGAAAAAGUGAAGAAACAUUUUCCAUUUACACCCCGCUCUGUAAACCAGGGAGGGAAUGGCGGCGGCCAUGCGCAUUUAAAGCCUGGACGCCGAGGGGUGUGUCUCUCCUCUCUGCUCUGACUGCAGCACGAGGCUACUGAGAGACUGACCGCUUAUGAGUGCUUUUGUACGGGAGAGGGGCUCACGGCAGCACCCGCUGCUCGUUGAGCACAGUAGGCCUAACUGCAGAGUGAUUUGUGCUUUCGAGUCUCCAAACACCACAAAAGUCUCCAAAAAAUCCAGUAAAAGUCACUGGAUUUGUCGCUUUUGACAAAAAGCGGGGAACAGAGAAGAAUACUGGUCACUAACUUGAGAAGUAACAGUCACCGGUUCAGAAACUAUUUCAGGUAAAAUUCUCAGUUUCCAAAUAUACAUGAUGUAAUGGGACAUGAAUUACCUCCAUACCAAUACCUUGAAUUAAGACAUCACUACCUGCAUAAGAGGCUUCAGAAAACGGUAGAGUACUUUCUAACACACAUGUCUGUGCCAAACUAGUAUCUCUCAGUACUCUUACAGACUGUUUUACAUAACCAGUACCUAAUGAGACAUAACCUAAACAUACAAAGGAUCUAACCAUUGUCUCAAUGAGGCAGUGACUCUCAGAGAUGCUUUUUGAAACCGCUACUGCAUUAACCUUUUUAAUCUCCGCGCGCUGCUUAGUUUGCUUCCGCUUGAUCACGGGGCAGUUGGCAAUGACAUGACCCAGCUCAUGACAACAGAAACAGGUAUGAGACCCAGAUGAGGGAUCAGCCAUGGUUUUUAUAUGGAAAAAAACUCUUUACAACAAACUAUUUAAAAAACUCUGAGCUUACUAGAUAAACGGCAGAGAAAGUGAGUCGCUUGUCAAAAUUUCCUCACUUUUUUAUUACCAGCUGUGAAAAUUAAAGCUAUGUUUUUUCCACUAGUGGCAGCAGUGGUUCAUGACAUAGUCUCGAACAAAAUCACGGUGAGAGGCUGUUACGCUUGCCUUAUGAUCUUGGCUCCCAUUAAAUGAAUUUCCCAGCCAGUUGAGAGUUGACACCAUGCUUUGAUUCAGCACACAACUCAUUUUAACAGUCCAGGCAUUGAAACUUUUUCUUAACCUUUGUACACCUUCAAAUAAUCCAUACUCCACUUUUCUCUCUCUGGAUCGUUGCGAUAUACCUUAAAAACCUGUAAGAAAGUCCUGUAAAUUGCUUACAUUACAUUUAUAUUAUUUCCUGUUCAGUGUCACCCAAAUGAGGAUGAGGUUCACGUCUGAGUCUGGUUCCUCUCAAGAUUUCUUCCUCAUAUCAUCUCAGAGUUUUUCCUCACCACCGUCACUUCCGACUUGAUCAUAACGGAUAUAUGUUAAAUAAAGAGAUAAAUACUAACUUAAUUUUAAACUUUAUACUUCACAUUUUUUUAUUCUUCUUUAUACUUCACAUUAUUUCUGUUUCUACCCAAUAAAUUCCUGACACUGUCUGAUUUAUAACACAAGACAAGGCAUAGCUUUUAUUUAAACUGAAUUUAUUAUGCUACACAUAAAAUGGCUUUAGCAUUACUUAAAUACAAGGAAAAUCAUGCACAGAGAGCAUUAUAGAGUCUAUGAAUUUAUAAAUGACUGGAAGAUUAUGAGUAUAGUCAGCUUAACUGUGCAAUCAUGAUGUACAGAAUCGCUAAUUCACGAUGAUGUAUUAAACUACAUAAAAAAAAUUAUAUUCCUAUGGUACACUCUAAAAACUGAAAGGAAAAAAAACAUUUGUGCCAUUCAUUAUCACAAUUCUGUAAUUUUCCACUGUUGCAAAAUAAUCUGCAAGUAAAAGAAAUGAACUGCGACUGCAAGAAAUGUAAGUUAACUCAUAAAGUGGCUACACAGCAAAAACAUCAGUGUUAUUUCAACUCCCAUAGUGUUAAAUUUAACACUUUCCCAGAAUUUAUAUAAUUGAUACCAGUUCAGAGUUAAAUUAACACUUUGGAUAGUGUUAAUAUUUUAACUCCAUAAUAGUGUUAAAAAUGUAACACUCAGAGUGUGGUUUCUUAACACGUUUAAGAGUAUUUUUUUUUACACUAAACAUGUGUUAUUCCUUUUCACUGUGGGUGUUAAUUCCUAACAUUCACAGUGUUAUUUUAUGACAAUUUAAAGUGUAUUUUUAACUCUAUAUCGUGUUACUCCCUUACUCUUAAAGUGUUAACUUAGAUCAUUCAGUGUUAUUAACACUUUACAGAGUAUUCAUGACAGUUGUGUUACAUUCAAUGUUCUGAAAAUGCUUUUUCACUACAAGAAAAAGAGAAACAUAUGAAGAAUUCAACUUUUAUAAUAAAGACAAAAAUAUCCAAGCACCAUACAACUUGAACUCCAUGCACAUUUACAGAGAAAAUAAUGGUACAAUAUAAAGGCUGUCAUCUCUACCAUAAGCACUUUGUAAGUCAAAAGGCUCGUAAAUUUGAAACAUUUGAGCAUGUUCAUGUCAUUCAAAAGUUUUGCCCGCAACUCACAAACUCUUGGAGACUCAUCUGUUGUGGUAACAUCAAUGUUGUAUGUAUGGAUGGAUGUAUGUAUGGUUGUUGUAUGUAUGGAUGGAUGUAUGUAUGGUUGUUGUAUGUAUGGAUGGAUGUAUGUAUGGUUGUUGUAUGUAUGGAUGAAUGGAUGUAUGGUUGUUUACCCACUCUUUCCUGUACAUAUUCAUUGAUGCUGCAGCAUGAAUAAAAAAAGAAAAAAAUAUUAUAAAUCUGUACACCUUCAAGUGAAUCUGGUACCUGCUGGUCCAUGUUAAUGUAAUAGACUUUGUAAACUGCCCCUGUGAUUUGAGAUUUGCUUCACUGCAAAAAACAUUCCUCCCAAAUAAUUGGGACAUACUGGUCAGUAAUACCCAUUCAUUUGAAAGUAACUAGACUUGCUACGAUAGUCGGUGUUACCGGUGUUCAGCCGCAACACCGGUUACGUGCACUUUUUGACACACGUUUUGAUUUUGUAUAGUAAUAAAAAUCAUUUAGUUCGGUUAGAACUUACACUACAAUUAAAAACUGUACAUGUCUGCUCCAUGCAGUGUGAGGCAUAAUGAGGCAUAAUAGUGUACCUUAUGAAAGUGCACCGUUUUGUCCACUGCAUCACUUGGACAUAUUUUGGUCCUCUUCCGUCCAGCUGUGGAUGACAAGAGAUAGAGAAGCAGCAUAGAAGCGAUGUCACUGUCCCAGUCUAUCAGGAGGAAAAACAAGGCAUUUGGAAAUCCUCUAUCAGGAGGAAAAACAAGGCAUCUGUACGUCUUUGUGGGUCAUGUACUUGGUCCUGACGGUGUUGAAACAUUAUCUUCAUCUUCUGAAAUACACUUGCUUCAUCAGGAGAGUGAACAAGAAAUGAAAUGCAGGCAUCUCCAUCAAGCUUCUGAGGCAGUGUGGUCGCUGAUCUUCGGCGCUUUGGUCCUUGUGCUUGAUGCACUGAGGCUUCCUCGACUGGCCGUUUUCCUGAAGUCCUGGAAAUGGUUUUGAGGCACCACACUAAAUAUCCAGUGCCCUUUUCCCCAUCAUAGAAACUCUCCUGUUCCAUUUAAAUGAAUAAAGACAAAUACUCACAAAAUGAUCUUACAUAAAGUGCAGAUGCAGCAUUGUGAAACAAAAGAACAAUUAAUUAUUUAAUAGAUUUUCUUUUUUCAAAUUAAUGUGCUAUCAUCGAUUUUAUUGUUGAAUUUUGAAAUCUUUUCACUUUUAUAAGCAACUGUAGUUAUUUUAUAAUGAAAACUACGAUGCCAAAGCCCCUUUCUGUAAAUCUGGUGCUGUUUUCUUAAUAUGGUUGUAAAACGUACAUAGCCCUUUGGAGAAAAAGGAUCCUUCAGUGAGGGAAAGAGAGUAAUAAUUCCCAGGGCAUACUUCUUCUGCUGACGGGAAGGAUUCCUACUAUAGGGUGAAGAAAGUCAAUCUUACUGAUUACAGGAUUACAGCCUUUUUUUAAUAUUCCUUUUUAAUAAAAACCUUUUUAAAUCUUA